AGCGCCGGCCCCGGCUCUCUCCACCUAAAGAAACCCGUCCCUCCCCACAACCUUCGCAGCCUCACGCGUUUCCCCUCGCGGUGUCAGCCAGGCUUCCUGUUUGCAAUCUUCACCGGCACCUCAGAGCGGGGAACGUCGGGGAGAGGGGCAUCGUCUGCCAGCGGCUCAUCCCGCCGCGUCCCGGCCACUCCUCAAGGAGCUGAGGCUGGAACCAGCAGGAACUGUUCCUAAAAGGCCUUUUUUGGCUCCUCUUCCCAGCUGGGGGUGUUAUCGAGAGCCCGCGGGAGGAGGAACGCAAAGAGCUUUUCUUGUCCUGCGCUGCUGUGGCCGGAUCCUGCCCCAGCUCCCCGGGAAUGCCGCGGCUGUGAGGCAGAGCCUGGCACUGCCAGGGGUGUUGGAGGAAGGCUGGAGCUGGAGGGAUGGCCGAGGGUGGCCAGGCUGAGGGGGGCCCGAGGGGUGCCCCUGACAGCCCCCAGGAUGUGGCUGAGCCCAGGGAGGACGCGGGGAGUGAGGGCCUGGCUGCCACCCCAAGCCUGGGCGAUGUGGAGGACACGUAUGAGCUGCUGGAGAAGCUGGGCAGUGGCCACUUUGGCGUGGUGAGGCUCUGCCGCGAGCGCAGCACCGGCGCCUUCUACGCCGCCAAGUUUGUGAAGCUGCGACGGCGCUGGGGCGGCGGCCUGGGGCUGGAGCGGGCGCAGGUGGAGCGGGAAGUCGCCAUCCUUCGCCGGCUCCGCCAUCCCAACAUCAUGCAGCUCCACGAGCUCUUCACCAGCAGAGCCGAGGUGGUGCUCGUCCUGGAGCUGAUCAGCGGUGGGGAGCUCUUCGAUUUCAUCGCGGAGAAGGAGAUGCUGUCAGAGGAGGAGGCCAUCGAGUUCCUGGGGCAGAUCCUGUGUGGGGUGGAAUAUAUGCAUGCCCGCCUCAUCGCACACUUUGACCUCAAGCCCGAGAACAUCAUGCUGCAGGAGAAGGACGUCCCCAAGCCCAGGAUCAAGAUCAUCGACUUCGGGCUGGCCCAGCAGCUGGAGGAUGGCAUCACUUUCAGGAGCCUCUGUGGGACCCCCCAGUACAUCGCGCCUGAAGUGGUCAAUUAUGAGCCGCUGAGCCCUGCAACCGACAUGUGGAGCAUCGGAGUCAUCACCUACAUUCUGCUCAGUGGCCUGUCCCCCUUCCAGGGUGAGACGGAUGCUGAGACCCUCUCCAAUGUUGUGGCUGGUGCCUACGAGUUUGAGGAGCGCUGCUUCAGCCAGACCUCCGAGAUGGCCAAGGACUUCAUCCGCCAGCUGCUGGUGAAGGAGCCAGAGCACCGCAUGACAGCAGCGGGGUGCCUGGUGCACCCCUGGAUCCAGCCCCUGAGCAGGAAGCAGGCGCUGAGCCGGAGCCGUUCCUCCAUCAACAUGAGAAACUUCCGCAAGUUCAACGCCCGGAGGAGGUGGAAGCUCUCCUACAACACAGUGUCCGCCUGCAACCGGCUGUGCCGCCCGCGGCUGCUCGGCGACCUCAGGAAGGAGGACGAGGAGCUGGUGAGGCGCCCAGGAGCCCCCAGAUCCCACCCAGCAUGGGCUGGGGAGGGGGCAGAAGGGAUGAGGGGCUCUGGCUCAGUUUCUCCCUAUGGCAGUACCCUCUGUGCUGCAGCCCCCCCGUUUUGGGCAGGAGGGACAGAGAGUGGGACCCUCCUGUUGGGAUGAGAUGAGGGAAGUGUAAUGGGGGUCUUGGCCAGAGACAGGGGCAUGGAAUAGGGUGGGGUGCUGUGCAGUGAGGGCUGUCUCCAGCCGGGGUGCCCUCUCCUCUGGUGGGGUUCUCUGCCCGGGGGAAGCCCUGUCCCUGCCCUGCAGCCCCCCUGUGCCGCCAGCGCUGCUGUGAGAGCGACCAAGAGGAGGAGAGAAGCCCCCACAUCGCUCUGCUGCGCCGCCGGAGAAGCAGCUGCUCCUGAGCUCCUCCAAAAAACAAAAAGGACAGGAUCCCUGCAAGAGGAGCCAUGGGGGUCCCCCCAUCGCCCCAUCCAAGGGGGCGAGGGCGCUGUCCAGUCCCAGUGCUCCCAGUUCCGUGGUGUGGGAGGGUCACUGGGGCAUCAGCACCCCACUCCUGCCCGCAGGUUUUGCUGCAGUGGAGCUCGUGCUGCCCCGGGGCUGGGACCCUCCUCCCUGCUUCGUCCUAAUGAGAAAAAUAAAUGUCACCUCCUCCUCCUC